CUCCCCUGCUUGCCGCUACGCCUCACACACCGUUUCUCACCCUCACGGCUCAGUGCAGCUCUCAGCCAUGUGGACUGUACGAUGUUCUCGUCUCAACCGGCUCCCACUCUUCCUCCUCGCCAUCAUCGCAACCACCUGUACAGGAGCAGAAUCAGGGUUCGUUCUCAAAAGCGUUGAACUUCACGUGACACCUGCGGACACAGUGGAGCGAGGAACCGAGCUGAAGCUGACCUGCAUCGCUAACGUUGGCCACUCCGGCACUUCACCCGUCCUCCAUUUCAGCUUCUUUAAAGACUACAACAAGCACAACAGCGUUCACAUCUCACAAACCAACACCAGUAACCAAGUGACGUACUCCAUCUCCAAAGCCCGAGCCUCGCAUUCGGGAAAAUACCAGUGUGAUGUGAAGGUCAACGGCCAAUACAUGGAGAGUUCCAAUCAGAUGAUUAGCGUUAAAGGGCUGCAAACUCCGGUGCUGAGUGUGGAUAAGCAGGACGUGAAUGAAGGUAGCACUGUGAGGGUCCACUGCAGGGCAGAAGAAGAAUCUGGUGACCUGAUAUUCUUGAUUAAAAACGGCUCGAGCGAACUCUACCAUGGACAAGGCAGCAGUGGUGAGGUGCAGUGGAACCUCGCCCUCCAGCACGUGGGCACAUCCGAGCUGUCCUGCUCCUACGCCAUUCGACUGCCACUCGAUACACUGCAGUCAAACACCAGCAACGUGGUCAGCGUAGUGGUGAGAGAGCUGGACUUCAAGCCGACUAUCAGAGUCUUCCCGUCAGAGCACGUCAUCGAGGGAGACUCCGUGGACAUCUCAUGUGGUCUUGCAGGAGAUUACCAUGGCUCACCGUCACUCUCACUAUUCAAAGGAUUGCAUUUGUUCCAGACAGGAAACGUCUCUGAAUACAAAACUGUCGUCAAUGCAAAUGAUUCCGGGAGUUACGAGUGCAGCGUGAGGAUGGACAACGUGGUAAAAAGCGUUUACGCAAAUCUUACUGUGAAAGAGUUGUUUUCCACACCGGUGCUGACCAUCAUCCCAGCUGAGGUUUUCGAGGGGCAGCAGGUCACCGUCACCUGCAGCAGCUCGGAAUUUGCGUCGGAGAGAAUCGGACGUCGUGAUGUGAGGUACUCUAUCUACAGGAACAACCAGGAGCUCGGCUCAAGCGACAGCUCCUACAGAGACAAAGCGAGUUCCAGGACCAACGGGAAUUACACCUGUACUGCACGAGUGAACAACACCGUCAAGUGGAGUGACAUGAAAGUUUUCAUCGCCAAAGUUCUCAUCUCCAAACCCACCAUCACUGUGCGCGGCGAGGUGAUCCUGGGCAGAUCAUUUCAGAUGGAGUGCCGCUCGGACCGCGGAAGUUUCCCCAUCACUUACACCCUGAAACGGAACAACGUAGUGCUGGCGCGCACCAGUGUCUCCGAAGCAUACCAGAAAGCCAUCUUCAACUCCAGCAUACAGCAUGAAAACCAAAUCCAGGAGUUCAGAUGUGAGGCGCAGAACAACGGCGAGGAUUCUGCUCAAAUGAGCGACGCUCUUCUCACAUCGGUUACAGUUCCUGUUCAGAAGCCGACCUUGAUGACCCUCCCUGAGGACAUCACCGAAGACGACGAGGUUAACUUCUUGUGCUUUGUUAUGAAAGGAUCUCCGCCCAUCAGCUUUAAAUGGUACAAGGACGAUAACCGGCGCCCCUUGGACACCGUGACGGUGAUGACGAACUUCUCCAUGUACAGCGUUCCCUCGGUGAAGAGCUUCCACAGCGGCUCAUAUCACUGUGAAGCCUUGAACGGAGCCGGAAAAGUGGAAGUGAGCAACACAAUUCCAAUCACAGUAAAGAUGGCCAGGUGGAAAAAAGGUCUGAUCGUCGGCGUGUGUGUGCUGUGUGUGAUCGGACUCAUUCUCACCCUCUUGAAGCUCUACUGGGCUAAUCGAGGUAAACGAGAGGCCGCAGCCGAGCUCUCAGUAAAGCCUGUGAUCUCUAGAUACGAUGGUGACUCAGUAAUCUUGUACCCGUGACAACCAGGUUUUUAAGGCCCUAAAAAGGUAGCCUGGCUUUAAUCUUCCUUCACCUCCAUCAAUACAUCCAUCAUUAACCCAACCAUCGCUACGUUCUACGCUCAACGGUGUGGACCACAGAGUUAGCGCAUGGCUAAGCUUUGCUACGUGGCUGCUAGCAUUAGCUAUCACUUUAGCUGAGGUAAACUUGAAUUUCUGGUGAUAUCACAGGACGAUUCAACUCCCAAAAUCUUAUUCCAGACGAAGCGCCGCACUUUCACACCAAACGGACGAGAAAGACAGACGGAACGUGAGUUGAUCUGACAUCACUUCCUGUUGACACAACUAACGGUAUCACCUGCAGGAUCCUGGAAAUCAUGUAAACACGGACCACAACUGGGCGGAAAACUGGGAAAGUCAUCUGAAUAUUUUCAGAAGCUUUGAACAGGAAGUAAAGACGGAUAACAAAGGAAGAGGAAUCGGAGCUACACUACAUUCCUAAAGCAGCUUUACUGCGAUUCUGGAUUUCUCUCAUCUACCUGUUUUUCCCCACAUCAUUUUAUCUCUUCUGAUGUUUUUCUUUCUUUCCGCCACCUUUUGUUUUCCAUCCUUUUGUAUCCGAACAGAAUCCAUUAUGACUCACAUUCAAAUAGAAAUUUAUAGCUCAUUUCUGCUUUAAUUUACAGACACGUCUCUCUUUUUUAUUGCACUUGUUUUUUGUUUGUCUGUCCAUCUUCCUUUCGAGUUUUUUGUUGUCCUCGGUUUGUAGUUUAUAAUCAUCAACACACUCCUGUAUGAAAUAUCACAAAUAUAUAAAAAUAUGACACUAAUAUAAAUAAAUAAUGCCUUAUUUUGCUCA